UCAAUCAACUCUAACGUUAGAAAAAUGAGCUUUUUGCAGGCCGGGGCCCUUUUUGUUUUGACGGUCGUCUGUUUCGUCGGCGCCAAACACAUUGUGUCUUCAAGAGGUUUAUCUGAUGUCGGAAAUAUUUAUCAGUAUCUGCCUCAAGAGCUAGAUAUAAAACAGGAAUCGUACCUUGGAUCAGUUCCAAAAGGAGAAUUCGGUGUAGAUGAUAAUCUCUGGCAAAACGACGGCCUGAGAGAUGCACACCAUCAGACAGUCAUUGAACUAAAUCCAUUAAUCGCGGCAUUGCUUCUUGGCACAAGUUUGGGUCUGCCGCAGAAAUCAUACACUUCGAAUCAUCCGGGAGUUGUGCCGAUAAAUCCCUACGUCGCACUUAUACUCUCCAACUACGGACGGUACGUGCCGAUUCCAAGAUUAGCACGUGGCGUCUACGGCUAUACAGCUACCAAUGGUUAUUUGAAUAAUCUGCCUGUUGGGGCCUCCUACAAAGUUUACGAGGAUAAGUAAUGAUCAUUCAUUACGACCAUUGUAAUUACACGUCGACUAAUUAACUGCCGACUAUUACAAGUUUUAACA